UGGUUUGGAAAGAGAGGACAUGAAUCAUGGCACUUGAUUCAUAAAGUGGGAAGAACUUAGAACUUAAAAUCUGUGUCCUGAUCACCUGCAUGAAAGAGAGUGGAGAGGUUUUGUUUUGAAUUAUCAUCACCUACUACAGAACUAUUCCAUGUGAAGUUUCCUGGCUCUAAAACAGAACGGGGACCGAAGUUUCCAAGUAGAGAAAAGAAAUCUUACUGUCAGAAUGAUCAUGGGCAAACUUGGAAGAUACUAUACAAACUGAACUAAGCCAGGCACAAAACAAAAAGCACUGAAUCAUUCUACUUAAAUACACAGCUCAUCCCUUGUGGAAAGAAACCUUGAGAGAAUUUCCUUUUACAUAUAUUUUUAAUAAAAACUCACUAUGAAACGCUAUGUGACAAUAACAUCAUUCAGGAAACCUUAUUUGAAAUGACAUGGAGAAACUUGGAGGACACCAUGCAAAGUGAAACAAUACAGUAGGAAGAAGAAGAAGAAGAAGAAGAAGAAGAAGAAGAAGAAGAAGAAGAAGAAGAAGAAGAAGAAGAAGAAGAAGAAGAAGAAGAAGAAGAAAUGCUGAGUUAUUUUACAUAUAUAGGAACUCUCAGGAAGAAAUGGCAGAAGGCAAUCAGUCCACAGUGACUGAGUUCAUCCUUGCUGGGUUAACAGACAAACCAGAGCUGCAGCUGCCCCUGUUCCUCCUCUUCCUUGGAAUCUACCUGGUCACAGUGCUGGGGAACCUGGGCAUGAUCAUCCUGAUCCUGCUCAGCUCCCACCUGCACACCCCCAUGUACUUCUUCCUCAGCAGUCUCUCCUUCAUUGACUUCUGUUAUUCCACUAUCAUUACCCCCAAAAUGCUGGUGAACUUUGUGGCAAAGAAGAAUGUCAUCUCCUAUGAGGAAUGUAUGACUCAGCUCUACUUCUUCAUAGCCUUUGUUAUAUCUGAGUGUCACAUGUUGGCUGCCAUGGCCUAUGACCGCUAUGUUGCCAUUUGUAACCCCUUGCUCUACAAUGUCACUAUGUCUUAUCAAGUCUGCUCCUGGAUGGUAGGUGGGGUGUACAGCAUGGGCUUUAUCGGUGCAGCAGUUCAUACUCUCUGCAUGCUAAGAGUGGUUUUCUGUAAGUCUAAUAUAAUAAACCAUUAUUUCUGUGAUCUUUUCCCAUUGAUGGAGAUUGCCUGCUCUAGUACUUUUGUCAAUGAAGUAGUACUUCUAUGCCUCAGUGCUUUCAACAUCUUUAUUCCAACCUUGACCAUCCUGGGUUCAUACAUCUUUAUCAUUGCUAGCAUCCUCCGUAUCAAAUCCACUGAGGGCAGAUUCAAAGCCUUCAGCACUUGUAGCUCCCACUUCUCUGCUGUUGCUGUCUUCUUUGGUUCCCUGGCAUUCAUGUACCUGCAGCCCUUCUCAGUCAGCUCCAAAGAUAAAGGCAAAGUGUCUUCUGUGUUCUAUACUACUGUUGUGCCCAUGCUGAAUCCUAUGAUCUACAGCCUAAGGAACAGGGAUGUCAAACUUGCUCUAAAUAAGUUAUUUCAAAAAAAGAAGUUCUGUGUGUAAAGAAAUAUUCACCAUAGCAAAAAUAUACUAUAUCUACGAGUUUCGUUUAGGAAAAAUUGCAGAGACAACAAUGUGUGUCCAACCAUGAGAGUACUGUUAGUAUGUGAUUGUUUUGGUAGAAAAAAAAGGGGAUAUUCAGGGAGUAAUGGAUUUAUAACUUCUUACACAUUGAAAAGACAAUUCUUGAGUGUUCCAUAGUGCACCUAUAGAGAGUAACCUGUAAACCCUACAAAAAUAUUUUCAAUCCAUCAAAGCAUUUUAUGAUUCAUUUUGCUUUAUAUGUAUAAAAUGUGUUGUUUUAGCUAAGAUUACUUAACUUACUUGGUGAACAAAUACAUUUGGUCAUGUCUUUUUAUGUUUUCAAUAUCUUGAUUAUCUGAAAUUUUUCAAUGACGUGUACUCCCCAACCACUAAAAGU